UAAAUAUUUUCUUUUAAAAAAAUGAAUUCAGCUAGCACAAAGAUGACAUGUUAAGAGUUUCACGUGAUGAGUAGUGUAACAGAUUUGUGUGAGUAAACUGCUCUUCCUGCCAGUCAGUAAUGAUGAUAUUGUGUAAAAACCUUCUCCCCAUGUUAGUCAAUCAGUCAUUUUAUCAUGAGUUGGAAAUAUUUGCUACUUAUAGUAUAUGAAAAGGCAUUGCACCAGUUUGAGAUUGCACAUAAUAUAUAGUAUGGUAUAGAGGAUAUAGGCAAGUAGGUACAUUGGUGACUGUUUACAUUACCGAACAGUGCAAAAAGAUGCAUUAAAUACUGUGUAAUAGAACUAUAUAAUGCAGUGUAUACAGAGAGAAAAGAUUUACCUUUACCUUCUGUAAAAUAGAAUAAAUAAGACAAACACACGUUUGAGGAAAAGGUGCUACACAUGAGCCUGUUUGUGUCUCUUCUAAUUUCCUUUAUUUAAAUAACAGACCCGUUUCACAAUGACGUCAAAAACUUCCGCCUUUCCGCAAAGCAGUGUAUACGUACUUCCGUUUUACCUUACGUUGCCAUAGUAACAUGGGUGGCGCUACUAACAUUGCAUUUUUGACAACAAAUCAGUUUUCUUGCUCCUAAAAUUAAGCAUUCUGGAGGGAGAGAGAUCUUAUUUAAAAUUCACCAGUGUAUAUAUGCAUCAUAUCCUACGAGAUGAAGGAGAAGCGGUGUGUCUACCUGCGGAAAAGCUCAAGCGAAGAGAAAGCUAACAACUACCAUUGUCCUAACUCCCACGUUAACGUAAGCUGGGCUAGACAAUACAAGAAUGCUUCCCUUCAUAAUCAAACAGCGAUUGUUCUCGAACAAAUAUCCAGACCCCGCCCUCUUGGCUCUGAUUGGCUCGGGUUUCAGCUGUAUUUUACCGCCAUGAACAGCGCUGUGGGGUUUUUAAUUUUGAUAUUAAGUUGUAAUGGAUUUUCUACAGGUUUGAACAUUCAGUACAGUGGCACUGUGGUCACACUAACCAAUAACACAGAAGUCACUGCUGCUGUUGUUCGGGUGGACGGUGUGCCUGUUUUCUCAUAUCCAUCUAUCACCACGGUGAAGAAGAGGGAGAUUAUCUGCCAAAGUAUGAGACAGCAUGUGGAAGGACAUCUGCGUGACUUACAGUUCUUCUUGUCUACAGUAAUGAAAGACUUCCAUUACACUGAAGUAUCUGUACAGUCGGAGUUUGCCUGUGAUGGAGAUGAUGGCUACAUGAAGAUCAGCUAUGACAACAUUUCCAUCACUUUUCAUUGCAAAAAUGAAGCCUGGACUCCAUCUAAUGAUCAAGCUACAGCACUCCUGAACAGUUUGGAUCCUGAUUAUGCUCGGAAUGGGAAGAACAUCCUACAUGACGAGUGUAGUUAUUGGGAUAAGCAGAGGAAAGAUGGAGGACCAAUUGGCGGAUCAGAUGGAGGACCAAUUGGAGGAUCAGGUGGCAUAUCCGGAGGCCUAAUUGGUUGCUGCAUUCUAACCAUUGCCUGUAUUGCUGCAAUUUUCAUCUGCUGCAAGAAGAAGAAGAAGAAGAGGAACUCAGUCAUAACACCUGAGACAAUCGAACUCUCCGCUGAAGUUUCUCCAAUGAUAGGCGAAGUGUGAGAGGUCUCCUUCCUAAGAGAGCAAAACAAUGCUAUAAUAAUGAAUGUUAAAUGAAUGUUAUUUCAUGGUUCAUCAGAACUAACUUAGUUUAGGUGAUAUUAUUACUUUGACUACAUGCACAAGUAUUAAAUUUGAAAAGUCUGUUUACUGCAUCAGUAGCGAAUGUGUGGUUACCAUAUCAUUUCUACCAUUACAUUUUGAAUGUCACUUGUAGGCAUGCAAUUACUGACUUGCACUGACAUGGCAGUGGUGGUCAUGAGUGUCUGGACAUGACAAGAAAAUAUGUAUGUAUGUAUAUGUAUGUAUGUGUGUGUAUGUGUUUACUUGAAAGAAUUUAAGACCUUAAAAAUACUUGUCAAGCUUUUCAUAAUAUUAACAAGGAAUAGAAGUCUUUCUUAUUACUCGGUCAAUACCAUUUUAAAUAUAUUUGGUAAUUUAUCUGGGAAACUAAUAGUAAAUAAGUAAAUGUCACUUACCAAGCAGAGUUUACUGUUAACAGCCUGCUUUAGUAUGUACAAGAAUUUGUUUGCGAAUAUUAUUAAUUAUAAAUAAUUUAUCAAGCACAAGAUGAUAUAGUAUACCUGUGCUCUUAUGGUUGUAUGUUUUUAAAAAAAUAAAUAAAGAGAGAGAUAGUCAAAUCACAAUAUUUCAAAGCGGCAUUAAAGAGUCUGUCAUUAAAGUUCAUGAAGGUUUAUAAUGUUACAGUUUCCAACAGUUGCAGUACUACACUAUGUAAAAACUCGUGUAAACUGUGGUAGCUGAUUCACUUGUACCAGCACUUCCCAAACUAUCAUGUCCAUGUCACUGCUGUCCUGGAAAUCUAACAGCACACAAAUAACAUCUGGCUUUUUCCAUUACUGGGCAAAAUACAAUGUUCAGAGCAACAGUCAGUAAAUGUAUACCUACAAAGUGACUUCCCAAAAACAUGCCAGCAAAUGAGGUGUGUGUGUGUGUGUGAGAGAGAGAUUGUGUGUGUUUACAUGUUGAGCUGGAGUCCAAUAAACUUACAUUACAGAUGCAGUAAAUAGAGAUUACAAUGUAAAAGACUGAAGUAUUGAUUUCUUAUGGUUGUAUGUGUGUCAUGUGUGACACUUUUUUUUAAAAUUGCUUUUUAUGACAGAUUAUUUAAUGCAUUUUUCUAACUUAUUGCUUUGACUAUUUGAAAUGUGAAAAGAAGUGUCAUUGAACAUUUAUUAUAAAAUGUAUUAUUCUGUGAAUGUAAAUGAAGAUGUGAGAACAUUUUAUGCAUUAUUUUAUGAGAUUUUUAUACACCAGUAUGUGUCUGUGUUAUGUUGAGUGCAAAAAUGCUCGUCCCCAUACUUAUGAGUCAAAGUGCACAAUAAUGCACUCAGAGGAAAGUGCUAUCUGCCUUCUUCCACAUACAGGAGCCCACAGGAACCUACUAGUGGCACUGUGAUUGACAGGGGAGGGAGAAUAUGUCCCUCCCACCCAGAGGGCAUGGCCAAUUUUGCUCUUUUGGUAUCGUCAGUAAUCAAAUUUUGCAAUCUUUGGAUCAUAUUCUUUUCUGUUGAGCCAGUCGAGAGCCAGAGUUUAAAGGAUUUUUAGAAAUUUUCCCCAUCUGAUGCAGUUUGCUUAUUUUUCUGCCAGACUUGUCAUGCGUUUCUGUCUGCUUGUUCAAUUCUGAAUGAACAGUCUUCACUGUUGGUGAUGGUCUUCCUAAACAUGCUAACAUUUUCUUCUUUUUUAUUCUCCAGCUCUGCGAAAGCCCCGUUUUUUGUGGAUGUUUUUUUAUAGAUCCCUUUUCCCUGAUUCACAUUGACCAUUAACUUGACUUUAAGUGAGUUUUGUUUUGACCUUUAAAGAAGACUUGUACAAUAAACUCAUAACAUAUUAAACAAAAAUAAAAUAAAAUAAAUAAAGCUAAAUAAAAAAAAGGGGAGAAACUUUUGCACACAACAGAACAUUUUAAAAGAGUAUUCUUGGAAAUGGUUACGAAAAUAUUUCUUACGAAUCACCUACCUCUCAAAAGAAAGCACUUUACCAAAAUAUUUGAUAUUUUAGUAAUAUAUUUUUGGUAAAUUGCCUGAUGAACAUGAAAUAACCAUUAAUAAAUUUUUGAUGGCAA